AGAUGAGUCAUCAAGUGUUUCAAUCUUCUCCCUGGGGCCUGAGCCUCGAGAAAACCAGCAAAGACCAUCUCCUGCCCCAACGCUCACACUCAUUCGAACAUCAAACACACCCGGAUGUUGAUCUAUAAUACUUAUUCAUUGAGUUUAAAAUUCGGUUUAAAUAUAACAGUACACUUCUGUACACUCCUGCCCACUACAUGUAGAAUAUAUUGACAUCAACGCUGAACUGUUAUUUCGUGAUUCAGGAUAAUAAGAUAAAGUAGUUCGACAUUGAAUGUACAGCUCUUAACUCCGCCAUCUUGCUAUUCCUCGUCGUGACCACAGCAAGAGAAAUAACUCAGUUAUUCCACUGCAAAAGCGCGAGAAAGAUUUACUUCAGGACAGAUGAGUCAUCAAGUGUUUCAAUCUACUCACUGGGGCCUAAGCCUCGAGAAAACCAGCAAAGACCACAUACUGCCCCAACGGUCACACUCAUUAGAACAUCCAACACACCCGGAUGUUGAUCUAUAAUACUUAUUCAUUGAGUUUAAAAUUCUGUUUAAAUAUAACAGUACGCUUCUGUACACCCAUACCCACUACAUAUAAAAUAUGAUGAUAUCAAAGCCCCGUAUGCAUGAAAAUCGACUGAGGAUAACUCUUAUUAUUUCGCGAUUCGGGAAACUCCGAUGAAGUAGAUCGACAUUGCACGUACAGCUCUUAACUCCGCCAUCUUGCCAUUCCUCGUCGUGACCACAGCAAGUGAAAUAACUGAGUUGUUCCACUGCAAAAGAGCAAGAAAGAUUUACUUCAGAACAGUUUGCUGGUUUCUCACCAAGAGUGGAGAUCACGUGGUGCAGACGCUGCCUCCUUCAAACUUGGUCCUGUACAGGGGAGACCACUGUCAACAAUGUCUGGUCAUCCGUCGUCUGCUCAGGGACAGCGACCUAAAAGACGAGGUGGUAGACAGAGUUGUAGUGGUGGUGGCCGGGUCAAAGUUUACCUACACGCUGUGACUGAUGAACAGGCGGCACUACUUACAGAUACAGUGAACACACGUCCCCUGGAAGAGGUUAAGAAAAAUACAGGCGCUGAUGUAGAGUUUGACCCCAACCCCUCACCUGUACCAGGUAUGAAGAUUCUUAUCGUCCGCGGUGUUCCAUCUCAGAUUGAGGCGGCAGUCAAGCACAUCAGCCAAAAGACUGGAUUAAAGGAACCAUUACCAGACCAGGCCCAGACAUUCUGGCUACAGUGGGUUGAGGACCUGUGUCGGUGUCUGGGAGCAAGUGACCCCGCCAAAAUCCCAGUGAAACUGUGGAAAUGUGAUGUUGAUGUUGAUGGGCGACGAAGCACAAGUCCCUAA